UACGUCAUCAUUUAACCAGUUGUGACGUCAUAUUUGAACGCAAAUAAUAUUCUUAACAAAACAUCUUUGAUAUUGCUAAACAAGUGCUUAAGGCAGCUGAGAAAAUGGUAUACAAACAUUGGAUAUGCGUGUUGUGGGCUUCAGUACUGCUUUUAUGCUUAAGCAUCGAUGCAGUUCCGCUUAAUUCGCAGGAAAAUGAGCAGUUCACAGACUUCAAUGAACAAAAGUUGAUGGAUGCUGUCAAUGGAUUGCUGAACGCAAAACGGGACGUUCCAGACGAUGAAGAGCAGAACAUGAUGAUCGGCGAAGCUGAUCAAUCAUCUGUCGAUAAUGGCGACGUUUCUGACAAAGAAGUAAAGAGAUCAGUUAACCCUAUUGAAACCAUUGGCGACGAUGAGGGUAAAGCCCUUGGCGGUGAUGAGCUAGUUGAACGUGAUGUAGAUGCUGAUAAAAUGGCCAAACGCGACACUUUAGCCCCAAACGUCGAUGAUGAAGACGCUGAAGAAGAUGACUUUGCAGAUACAAUGGGCAAACGUGACAUAUUAGCCGCCGAUGAUGACGCUGAAGACGAUGAUGAUGUGGACAGUGAGUUCGGAAGGCGUGACGCGGAAUUUAGUGACGAUGACUUAGAUCUUGCAGAUGAUGAGGCCAUCGAAAAGCGUGAUGUUGACGACAUUUCAAACGCUAACGGAAUUAACUUUGAGGCCUCCAACGCCGAGCACCGAGUACGCCGCGAGGGAGAGCCAGCCUCAGCUGACAAGAAGAGCCCAAGGUCACCAAAUGAUUUGAAUGACUUCAAUCUUGACAAUGAUGCAGAGGAUGAAGAUGAUGCUGAUGAAAAAGAGAAACGUGAUACCGGAGAUGGUGAUGAUGCUGCUGCAGAUGCUGAAGACAACAUGUCAUUCUACAGAAGAGCUCUUGGUUUGGAUGAGGAGGAUGCUGAUGCUGCUGAUGAUGCAACUGAGGUUGAUGCUGACAAUGAGUCUCGCAAACGCCGCAGUGUGCCUGGUGAUGAUGCUGCUGCAGAUGCUGAAGACAACAUGUCAUUCUACAGAAGAGCUCUUGGUUUGGAUGAGGAGGAUGCUGAUGCUGCUGAUGAUGCAACUGAGGUUGAUGCUGACAAUGAGUCUCGCAAACGCCGCAGUGUGCCUGAUGAUGAAAAUGUCGAGGAUGUGGAAAGUGAUGAUGAUCUUGAACAGUAUCUGAGUCAGUAUGGCCGAUUCAUUCGCAGUCUUGGAGAUGAAGAUGCUGAUGAAAGUGAUGAUGACAUCUACAACAAACGAGAGGCAGAAGAGGAAGUUCAAUCUGAUGAUGAUGAUGUUGCUGAUGAUGAUAAUGUUCAGUCCAGUAGGAAACGCAGAAGUCUGGCAGAUGGUGAGGAUGUUGAUAGCCCGAAAGGAGAAAGGAGCCUUGCUGUAGAUGAGGAUGAAAGUGAAUUGGCUGUGGAUGAUGCAGACGAUGCAGACGAUGACGACUUAAAGUUGUUUAGAAGAAGUCUCGACGGUAUGAUUGACAUGGAUAUGGAUGAUGAUGAGGAUGCUGAUGCUGAUGUGGACAGUGAUGCCGGAAGAGAGAGAAGGGAUCUCUUUGGUGAUGAUGAUGAACUGGCACUAGAAGAUCAAGUUAGGCAGACAAGAGGCAGCAAGGCUGAUUUUGCAACUGAUGAUGAAGAUGCUGAUGAUGAGGAUGGAUUGGAACAGGAAGGUCAACUAAGGCAGACCAGAGGUGAUGAUGAUGAACUGGCACUAGAAGAUCAAGUUAGGCAGACAAGAGGCAGCAAGGCUGAUUUUGCAACUGAUGAUGCUGAUGAUGAGGAUGGAUUGGAACAGGAAGGUCAACUACUGAGGCAGACAAGAGGUGAUGUUGCUGACAAUGGACUGGCCCUAGAUGAUCAAAAGCAAGACAGACAGACAAGAGGCAGCGAAGAUACUGUUAAUGCAGAGGCGAUACCUGUUAGCAAUGAAGAGGUUUCAAAAAAUGAAGAAGAUAUACAACAUAAUAAUUUGCAAAAAAGAGACCAUAUUGUGCAGUCUUCAGUUGAAGAAAAACAAGAGACACCAGAUUUAAACCAGGACCUGUCAGAAUUAUUUGGGCGUGAAGACACAUGGGUGUAAAAUUUGAAUACACAGGAUUGUGCUAACAAGAUUUGAAGACAGAUUUUGAUUGGCCAGUCAGCCUAUCCAGGAAUUCAUCUGAGACUCCAUACUUAGUUAAAAUCAACGUUUAUUUCUGAUUGCAUAAACUCUGGAACUGUGAGAAGGACUUCACUGUGAUUCACUUGCGAUUUUCAGCCCUAUUUAUAUUAAAUUUACUAACUAAAUAACCCAUUUCCCCUCAGGAGAAAAGUGAAAAUUGCUAUUUGCUACAAGCAUAAAACCUGAACAGCCUGCAGGUCACUCGCUGGCUGUUCAGGUUUUAUGCUGUUUGCUGAUCAUCCGUGUCUUAGGGUUGGAGAUGAAUUUUUUUAAACUUAAAUCGUUUUAUAUGGUCUUUAAUUUAAUUUAAUCAAUUAAUUGACUUCAAACAGGUCGAAAUGCGUAUCUAAGUUGUCGAGGGUUAAACAAAAAAUAAAAAAAAUUUACAAAGCCAAUUUUGCUGUCAAUGGGAUGAAUCAAAUAGAUGUACAUGACUGUUACACAUUAUGUAAUAAAUAUUAAUCACAAUUUCAGAAUAAAAUAGUUUAUUUAUGGA